GUUUUUUUAUUUUUAUUUUUAUUUUCUUCUUCCUUGCUUCAGUUAUAUUCUUCCGUUUAUCUCUCUGUGUUUCUCAAAAUCCUCCGUUCUGAUCACCCAAAGCGAUUGUCGGAAUUUGAUUGUUAUUGAGUUUAAUCGUUGUGCGUUUUAAAAGAUAGUGAUUGAGGCUGAGCUUAAUUGGGAAAGAUCGGAUUUUCUUGUCGUGGUAAUUUGGGAAUUAGGGAUUCUUGGAUUUUGAGAGAUGGUGACAAAUUCAACAUUGGAGAGUGUCUGAUCGCCGAAUAAUCGGCGAGCUGUUUCGAUGUUUUGAGGGUUUUGGAUUUUGUAUGGAAACUCGCAGCCGGAAGCGGGCGGAGGCCAACUCUUCAGCGCCCUCUUCUUCCUCUGGUCCCACCACCCGCGCUGCCAAGCGAGCUCGUCUUUCCGUCUCAUCUACUCCCACAUCCACUACUGCCACCGCCACCAAUUCCGCCUCGAUCCCCACUCGUUCUCGCAUCGCAACUCGUUCUCAGGACUCGUUACUAUCUUCCACACCCAUGGACUCCACCAAUGAAUCAUCCGGUUCCGCCCCCCGCAGCCGCCGUGGUAAGAACCCUAGUCAUGCUCCAGAUAAGGAUAAUUCCGAUAAAGGAAAGGAGAAAGAGCAAGUUAGGGAUAGGGACAGGGACAGGGACAGGGAAGCUGAGAGAAACCUUAGGUUGAAUAUUGAUUCAGGUGGCGGUGAUGACGAUGACAAUGACAGUGAGGGUGGUGUUGGAAUGCUGCAUCCAAAUUUAUCUUCGGCAAGCAGUGCACUUCAGGGGUUGCUCAGGAAAUUGGGUGCCGGAUUGGAUGACCUGAUCCCCAGUUCAGCAAUAGGAUCAACCUCAUCAUCACAUCAAAGUGGUCGGCUGAAGAAGAUUUUGUCAGGGUUGAGAGCAGAUGGUGAGGAAGGAAAGCAAGUUGAGGCUUUGUCUCAGCUCUGUGAUAUGCUUUCUAUUGGAACUGAAGAUUCACUCAGCACCUUUUCUGUGGAUUCUUUUGUUCCUGUGCUGGUUGGCUUACUUAAUCACGAGAGUAAUCCAGAUAUCAUGCUACUUGCAGCCCGUGCAUUAACCCAUCUGGUUGAUGUUCUGCCCUCUUCAUGUGCUGCUGUUGUGCAUUAUGGUGCAGUUUCGUACUUUGUUGCUCGCUUGCUCACAAUUGAAUACAUGGACUUGGCUGAACAGUCAUUACAAGCUCUAAAGAAGAUAUCUCAGGAACACCCCACUCCUUGCCUGAGAGCUGGUGCCCUUAUGGCCGUGCUUUCCUACCUUGACUUCUUUUCUACUGGAGUUCAGCGAGUUGCAUUGUUUACUGCUGCAAAUAUGUGCAAGAAACUCCCUUCUGAUGCAGCUGACUUUGUGAUGGAAGCUGUACCGUUGCUGACAAACCUCCUCCAAUAUCAUGACUCAAAGGUCCUAGAACAUGCUUCCAUCUGCUUGACUCGGAUUGCUGAGGCAUUUGCAUCUUCUCCAGAGAAGUUGGAUGAAUUAUGCAAUCAUGGACUUGUUAGGGAAGCAGCUGCACUGAUUUCCUCAAGCAGUUCUGGUGGCGGUCAGUCCUCACUCAGCACUUCAACAUACACAGGAUUGAUUCGACUUCUCUCAACAUGUGCAAGCGGUUCUGCUAUAGGAGCAAAAACUUUGCUGCACCUUGGUAUCAGUGGUAUUCUCAAAGAAAUUCUUUCAGGAUCUGGUCUUGUUAGCACAAUGUCUGUUUCACCUGCUUUGAGUAGACCACCUGAGCAGAUUUUUGAGAUUGUGAACCUUGCUAAUGAGCUACUUCCCCCGUUGCCUCAAGGAACAAUCUCUCUUCCAGUCAGCAGUAACUUGUUUAUUAAAGGUUCUUUUACAAAGAAAUUUUGUGCUGGUGGUUCUAGCAAGCAGGAGGAUGUAAAUGCUAGUUCUCAGGAUAUUGCACAGGAGGUUUCAGCCCGUGAAAAACUUCUUAAUGAGCAGCCUGAAUUUCUGCGUCAAUUUGGAAUGGAUCUUCUUCCAGUUCUAAUUCAGAUAUAUGGGUCCAGUGUGAAUGGCCCAGUACGUCACAAGUGUCUCUCGGUGAUUGGAAAGCUUAUGUACUUCAGCACUGCAGAUAUGAUUCAGUCCUUGAAUAGUGUUACUAACAUAUCAAGUUUCUUGGCUGGAGUGUUAGCUUGGAAAGAUCCCCAAGUACUGGUGCCUGCUCUUCAAAUUGCAGAAAUUUUAAUGGAAAAGCUCCCUGGUUUCUUUUCUAAGAUGUUUGUGAGAGAGGGUGUUAUUCAUGCUGUUAAUGCACUAAUAAUAGCUGAGGCUCAUGUUACACCUCCUUCACAGCCACCUUCCUGUGAGAAGGACAAUGAUUGUAUAACAGGAUCAUCACGUUCUAGGCGUUACCGACGUCGUGGUGGUAAUUCAAAUAUUGAUAUGUGUUCUACUGAAGAACUCAAAAAUUCAGUUCCAAAUCUGCUCUCGCCUCCAAAUUCAGUUGAAGUUCCUAAUGUCAAUUCCAAUAUUCGCAUGACUGUGAGUGCUUGUGCCAAACGCUUCAAAGAGAAAUAUUUCCCUUCAGAUCUCGAGUCAACUGAGGCUGGUGUGACAGAUGACCUUCUACGGCUGAAGAAUCUUUGCAAUAAGUUGAAUGCUGGUAUUGAUGGACAGAUGACUAAAUCGAAGGGAAAAUCCAAAACUUCUGGUCCUAGGUUUGGUGAUAUUUCUACCAGUAAAGAAGAAAACCUUGCUGGUCUGAUUACUGAGAUGCUGGGGGAGCUCAGUAAAGGAGAUGGUGUUUCCACUUUUGAGUUUAUUGGUAGUGGUGUUGUGACUUCCUUGCUGAACUAUUUUACAUGCGGGUACUUCUCCAAGGAAAGAAUUUCAAAUGCUAAUCUGUCUAGGCUUCGACAACAAGCAAUGAGAAGGUACAGGUCUUUCAUUGCUGUUGCCCUUCCUCCUGGUGUUGAAGGAAUUUCUGUUCCCAUGGGUAUUUUGGUUCAAAAGCUUCAAAAUGCUCUAUCUUCCUUGGAGCGCUUCCCUGUUGUGUUGAGCCACACUUCUAGGUCAUUGAGUGGAAGUGCACGACUAUCUUCUGGCUUAGGUGCUUUGGCUCAACCAUUCAAGUUGCGUCUCUGUAGGGCACAAGGUGAAAAGACCCUUCGUGAUUAUUCCUCAAAUGUAGUUUUGAUUGAUCCACUAGCAAGUUUAGCAGCUGUUGAAGACUUCCUCUGGCCUCGUAUCCAACGAAUUGAGUCUGGUCCGAAGGCACCUGCAUCAGCUGGAAACUCUGAGGCAUGGUCUGUUCUACCAGCAUCUUCUACUACUCCUUCUGUUCCUCCUCGUCAUUCUACCAGAUCAAGGUCUGUUACUAAUAUGAAUGAUGGUGCUAAAGAGUCAUCACAAGAAAACAAUGCAAGCUCAUCAAAAGGAAAGGGUAAGGCUGUUCUUAAGUCAGGUCAAGAAGAGGGAAGAGGACCACAGACAAGAAAUGCUGCUCGUAGAAGAGCAGCUUUGGAUAAGGAAGCACAGGCACAACCUGUUAAUGGGGAUUCCAAUUCUGAGGAAGAUGAGCUGGUUUCUCCUGUUGACAUUAUUGAUGAUUUGGUGAUUGAAGAAGAUGAUAUAUCUGAUGAUGAUGAUGAAGAUGACCGUGAUGAUGUUCUUAGAGAUGAUCCACUUGAUUCACUUCCUUAUUGCAUGCCAGAAAAAGUGCAUGAUGUUAAAUUAGGGGACUCUUCAGAGGAGAGUCCAGUUGUCCACACGCCAAGUAAUAGUCAAGCAAAUGCUGGUGGUGGUUCCAGCAGCAGAGAUGGUUCUAUCCGGGGAUCUGACUCUCUUGAGUUUAGAGGUGGGAGUUCUUAUAGUUCUAGGGGUGCAAUGUCAUUUGCUGCAGCUGCUAUGGCAGGCCUUGGGUCUAGUAAUGGUAGAGGUGUUAGAGGAAGUAGGGAUCGUCAAGGACGGCCUAUAUUUACUUCUAACGAUACAGGAAGAUUGAUAUUUUCUGCCGGUGGGAAACAAUUAAAUAGGCACUUAACAAUCUACCAGGCCAUUCAACGUCAGCUUGUCCUGGAUGAUGAUGAUGAUGAUAGACAUGGAGGCAAUGAUUUUGUAUCAAGUGAUGGAAGCAGACUGUGGUCUGAUAUAUACACCAUCACGUACCAAAGGGCAGAUAACCAAGCUGAUAGAGGUAUGAAUGGUACUGGGACAUCAACUUCCUCUAAGUCUAGGAAAGCUAGUUCUUCAACAGCUUUGAGUGAGGAUUCCUCACUCCAUGCAUCACUAUUAGAUAGUAUUUUUCAGGGAGAGCUCCCCUGUGAUCUGGAAAAAAGCAACCCUACCUAUAAUAUUUUAGCACUUUUACGUGUACUUGAUAUUUUGAAUCAGCUUGCACCACGGUUACAGUUUCUGUCAGUGAUUGAAGAUUUCUCCGAAGGAAAAAUAUCAAGUCUAGAUGAACUCAGCGUGAGUAGUGUCAAAAUCCCUCCUGAAGAAUUUGUCAAUAGUAAGCUUACUCCGAAGUUGGCUCGACAGAUCCAGGAUGCACUUGCACUCUGUAGUGGCUCUCUUCCAUCAUGGUGUUACCAGCUAACCAAGGCUUGUCCAUUUCUAUUUCCAUUUGAGACUCGCCGCCAGUAUUUCUAUUCAACUGCUUUUGGGUUGUCUCGAGCAUUAUAUAGACUUCAGCAGCAAGGUGCUGAUGGGUCGGCGAAUGAAAGAGAGGUAAGGUUUGGGAGAUUACAGCGCCAGAAAGUGCGUGUCUCCCGGAAUCGCAUACUGGAUUCUGCUGCAAAAGUAAUGGACAUGUACUCUAGCCAAAAAGCUGUUCUUGAAGUUGAAUAUUUUGGUGAAGUUGGCACUGGUUUGGGUCCUACUCUGGAGUUCUACACCCUUUUAAGUCAUGAUCUACAGAAAGCAGGGCUAGGGAUGUGGAGGACAGGUCUAACAUUCCACAAACAUGGAAUGGAAAUGGAUGUAGAUGGGCACGUAAAUGGAAAAACUGUUGAUGGGGGUGAACAAGAUCUCAUUAUAGCACCUCUUGGGUUAUUCCCAUGUCCCUGGCCACCGAGUGCUGAAAAUUCAGAGGGUCAGCCUCUUUAUAAGGUAAUUGAAUAUUUCCGGCUUAUGGGUCGCGUGAUGGCUAAAGCACUUCAGGAUGGGCGGCUCUUAGACCUUCCAUUAUCAACUGCCUUCUAUAAGCUUGUGCUUGGCCAAGAACUUGAUCUGUAUGAUAUUCUUUCUUUUGAUACUGAACUGGGCAAGAAUUUACAAGAGUUACAAGCUCUUGUUUUUCGGAAACAGCAUUUGGAAUCAAUGGGGAAUAAUAGCCAAGUCAAAAUUACUGAUUUGUGUUUUCGUGGGACUCCAGUUGAAGACCUUUGCUUAGAUUUCACCCUUCCAGGUUAUCCUGAAUAUAUUCUGAAACCUGGGGACGAGAAUGUUGAUCUUAGUAAUCUGGAAGAGUACAUUUCUUUGGUGGUUGAUGCUACUAUCAAGACUGGAAUUGUGCGGCAAAUCGAAGCAUUUAGAUCUGGUUUCAAUCAGGUAUUUGACAUUUCAACACUACAAAUAUUUUCUCCAACUGAGUUGGACUAUUUGCUUUGUGGGCGUAGAGAGCUGUGGAAGGCUGAGACAUUGGUGGAUCACAUCAAGUUUGAUCAUGGUUACAAUGCCAAGAGUCCUGCAAUUAUAAAUUUGCUGGAGAUCAUGGGAGACUUCUCUCCUGAACAACAAAGAGCCUUUCUUCAAUUUGUUACUGGUGCGCCUAAGCUUCCUCCAGGUGGUCUUGCAGUGUUGAAUCCGAAGUUAACAAUCGUGAGGAAGCAUUCUUCAUCCACGGGAAACACAUCAGUCAGUGGUAAUGUGGCAUCCGAAUCUGCAGAUGAUGACCUGCCUAGUGUGAUGACUUGUGCCAAUUACUUGAAGCUUCCUCCAUACUCCACCAAGGAAAUCAUGUACAAGAAAUUACUGUAUGCGAUCAAUGAAGGUCAAGGAUCCUUUGAUUUGUCCUAGGAUCUUAAAAAGGUAGUUGGAGUGAUUGAGAUAAUUGAGCCUUGUGCAUUUAGUGCUCAAUAAAUGGUGUGCUGGUCAUCACCGUCUAUCAGCAAUCUUGAAGGUGAAGGUGGUUGAAGGGCAGUUUUUUUUUUUUUUUUUUUUUUUUUUUUUUUUUUUUUGGCUGGAGGCACUUUGGGGGUGCAAGUGCGGUUGUACAUACCGUAGAAUGAUUUAUAUUUACUAUAAUAUUUUGGGAUGAUAGGAGAUAUAGAUGUAUGAGGAUUAUGAUGAUGAUGGUGUCGUUUAUCGUUUUGUUUAAUUUUAUGAUGAUCUAAUAAAGGGAAUCUUGAAAAGCAAUUUUAUCAA